GCGCUAGCAUUCAGUUCAAAAACACAAUUCGCAGCGUGAGGUACACAAUACAAUACAACAAGCACAUCAAGGAUGCGUUCAUGGAUCUUAAUAGUUGCACUGGCAGCCGUAAUGCUGAAUGUGGCAUUUACGCUGCCGGUGAAUCUCGAGGAUACCGAAGACACUAAAGUGAGCGAUGAAGAGUUGCUCAAGCUGCUGGAAGGCCACAGCAAUGAGAUCGACACCGACAGCUCGGAGCUUACACGCCGAACGCGUUCAGCUAGCGAUGGCUCAAACAGCAGUUCAGCUGAGAAAAACAAGGAGCAGAAGAAGGCACAAGAUCCCAACGAUACAAGCAGUGCAUCAACUGAGGAGCACACCGACGAACCUGCAAAGGCCCAUUCAGCACGUCGCAAGCGUGCAGCCCCAGCAGGUGAAGAAGCUCUUGAUGAAACUCUGGACACCAAGGACGUAAGCAAUGUGGAUGAGGCAGAUGAGCUGCAUGUAGAGAAUCCGGAGGACUAUGCUCAGGGUUGUGAGGUGCUCGAGGUGAAUUCCAAAGAGGCCAACAACGAGACCUUCCUAGAAUAGGGUUAGCCUUAGCUUUAAUGAAUCCCUGAACACUAGCAAUAAUGAAUAAAAAUCUUAAAAAAAAAAAUAAAAACAA